AUGAAGAAAACUAGAGAUUCAAGGGAAUCGCCUGCCUGCAAUUUCUCUGCAGGCAGUUCUACACUAAAAGCACAAUCAAACACGUUAACCUUACCAAAAUGUAAAUUAAGUAGCGAUAAAACUGCAGAUAAGAGCGAGUCUAUAGACAAAGACCCACGUGAUGUUACUAACAAUGGUUUUAAUCGAUUCGACCCGAAAUAUAUUAGCAUCGGACCGAAAGCAAUACGAGGAAACAGUAAUUUGACGGCGGUUGCCGCAGCUACGGCAAAUAAAUGCGCAACUCUGCGACACGGUGGUCGAUAUGGAGGAUCGUUAACGAUGAAAGGAGCUAGCCCUAGUCCUAAUUUAAAAAGCGCGAAAACGCCAAGUAUUGCAACGGUUUCGAAAGAUUAUUCACAACAACCAGAUUGUUCUACGUUACCGUACAAAAAGAGUACUUUGAAUACCUUCUCCGAUAUACCAGGAGCGAAUGCGUCUAUGGGAAGCAGUACGGUAGUGUUGAGCCAAAGAGAGCUAUCACAUAAAGAUAUGGAUGCAAAACCCCAGCAACAACAACAUCAACAAUCCCAUCAUCAGCAACAAUUGCAGCAGCAACAAUUGCAGCAGCAUCACCAACAGCAGCAACAACAAUUGUCUCAACAGCAGCAAUUGUCCCAUCAACAACAAUUGUCUCAUCAUCAUCAGCAACCCCAGCAACAAUCUCAUCACCAAACCCUCCAAUCUCAUCAUCAUCAACAACAACAACAACCUACAGUGUAUAGUAUUGAAACAUCAAGUUAUCGAUCUUCAAGUGGAAAAAUUCCAAAAGGCAUUUCUAUCUUAAAUCAACCGUUACCAGAAAUACCACAAUCUAGUGUUAAACUCCCCGAUAUCACGAAGAAUACUUCUCAGCCUUUAUGCGCUACGAACUUGAAUAAUUAUCGCUCACUGCAAAGACCUUCUCGAAGUCAGCUGCGUGAAAGUAGCCGUCAAGGGUCUGACGGGCUCACACAGCAACUGCAAACAAAGGCUGUUCCUCCAUCUCUGCCACCAAAAAAUCGCCAUAAAGAUGAGCAGCAGUCAUCAUCCCGUUCAAAUCGUCAAUAUAGCACACAAACACUCCCAUCAUCAAAAUCGUCGAACCAAUCAAGACACCAUCAACAACAACAGCAAUCUUCCACACAUAGUACAUUUGGUUAUGAUCGGGAACACAAUGUUGGACAAUCGGAAAGAUCGUCGAGUAGAUAUCAGGACAACAGUAGGAAUAGUGGCGGAGGAAGUGGAAUACCUUACGUUGAACAAUAUAAAUCAAAUUUAUCCUCCGCAAAGCAGCAACAACAACAGCAGCAGUCACAACAAUCUUCUCGGCACGGUUCAUCCAACAUUUCAUCGUCGCAUCACCACUCACAUCAGCAGAAUAACAAUUUACCUAGCUACCAGUCAAGUCACCAUAGCCAGUUACAUGCAACACAUCAUCAAACCUCAUCUAGCAACAAAAACUAUGAUCAUCAAAGUCAACAGCAGCCACCCUCGAAUGUAUACUAUCGUUCCUUAAAACGUGGCGGCACCCAUGCUAAUAGUGAUCUAUAUUCAGUAACCGAGUUGUAGGAGUGUGCUUGUUGCGCCGGUGGUGUUGAUGUAACCCGACGUUGCCCCGCCCUUGUAAUUGUAACAACAUCAACAAAUUCGGCGCUAUCGGAUAAAGUUGCUUCAAAUGCAAUUGUAGCAACUGCAAAGUAUAAUAAACGUUCAUCAUCAUCAACAUCAUCGCAUCAGAUGCAACAAACAUCUACGUCGAAACGUUAUAAUAAUAACAUCCCAACCAGUAUUGGCAACUUCUAUUAUAGUAGUAAUGGAAAGCACAUAUUGGAUGAUACGAAUGGAGUUUCUAAAAAAGGUGUAGGAGAUAGCAAAAAAGGUAGUGGCGUUGAAUACACUACUAUUCAGCCAACAGCUCGAUACCAGACACAGUUCUAUAAACCUCAACAACAGAAGUGUUCAAGUGAUGUUUCGGCAUUCAGUGCAUCGCAUCAUCACCAUCGUCAUUAUCGCGAAAAAACUUUUAAGGUAUGAUUUUUAGAGAGCUCUUAAGUUCAUUUUAAAUCUUUUUUUAAUAUUUGUUUGUUUCUAUCGUCAACAUAUUCUGUUCAUUGAAAAUUGAAUGCUUUCACUUUCCCAACGGACUUACUAUUCGUACUUUCUUUCAUACGUUCAAACAAAAUUGAUUAGGGUGUGAUUUUGUAAGACUACUGUGUUGCGCCAAUUAAUACAUGAGUUCGAUUCUUUUAUUAUAUCUAACUGUAACUUGAUCAAGAAAGGAUAUGCUAAAUAAGCCGGGGAUAUGGAAACUAUCAACUAUCAGAGCUGUAAUAAAAGAAAUAAUUUUGCGUUGUCUCCGAUAGAAGGUCUGGAAGGAUAUUUGGGAAACUAUACUAUUUUCACUUCGAUUGUAGUAAUGUGAAGUUUAUGACAGAUGGUACCAGUCGGUUUCUAAAAUGGUAACCUUUUGUUAGUGAAUAUGAGAGUAUGAUUCGAAAUGCAUGAGCUCCACAGUGUUCUAAGAAAUCAUACGAAGAAAAUCUCCAUAAAGCUUAGGGCUCCAAAAGUUAUUUUCUUAAACUUGAAAGGAAGUACUUUAAAAGUAUCGCAGUACAUAAACAAUACUAGAAGGAGUUCUCCGUGAAAAUCCAUCCUCCCAUCGAAGACGAAUGAGAUACUUUUACAUAACUAAUCCUUGGGGGAAGUAAUUUAUCGAUAAUAUUUCACUUUUGUUAGGAUCUGGCUCUACAGUUGGAAUUGAAUAUUUUUUAGCAAGUAUGCAGAAGUUAAUUUAUAAUAGAUGCACAAAAGGGCUUAAUAUUAUGUAAGCGCGUCAUCUCGAUGACCAAAAUUUUAAUCGGUGCUAUCAAAACAAUGGCAUGAGGCGCAUCAUCCAAAAGGGUUCUGAAGACAAAAGUAUACUCUUAGGGCAGUCCUAGAAACCUUACCUUUCGGACAUUGCAUCUAACCAUUAUGGUCAUAAGCAUUUAGCAUCAUUCUUGCCAGUGUCAUGUUGGGACUAAAUGCCUUGACGCAGGUGGGUAUUCACUUCAUGGAAUGGGUGCGCGAAUGCUUUGAAAACACGUCUCCUUGUAUUUAUGAGAGAGUUUGUGGCCAAUAUAUUAACAUCGCCAGCGAUGAUUUUUAGUUUUCAUCCUCUUGCAUCCGAAGCCAGGCUGUCUAUCAUAUUUUCGUAGUUAGCACCUAUUUUCGCCCGCUGCGAGUUGCCUCAUACAUUUUUGUAUGGCUCGGUAGAGCACGCCCACAAUGCCGCUCGACCUGUCGAAUAGAUCACUCAUACGUUAUUGCCAGGGUUCCGCUUAUUAUAGUUAAUAGCCUCCGAAUUGUAGGUGGUAUGCGAAAACGAAUUCACGAUCAACUUGAACUGCAGUUAGUGCGCUUUUUAAGACCAGGAAAUUUGCCGCUUCCGGAUGUUCGCCUUCACACCUCUGGCACUUAAGGUCCCCGGAUCGAACAAUAGGACUUGUACAUUGUAGCCGAAAUUACAUCCUUGAAGCACUUUUUGAAAGACGUCUGCUCUCUAACACAAUAGUGCAUCCACACAAUAGCUUUUGAGCGAUCUGUGCUGGGUAUUCACAUGAUCGUUGUUUUGCAAUUUGAACUGCUCUAUUAGUUGAAGACAUCUAGCUUUUGAGUGUGAACCGCAACAUUUUCCUAAAGAUUUUUUUCCUUAGGGUCGGAAGCCUUCUACUCUGUUCUCCCCGGCCUAUUCAAUCCCAGUAUAGUUGAUGACAUUCCCUCCCAGGGAAUGUCUGCGUAGAACAUUCUGCUGUGCUUCAAAUAAAAAUUGCCUUGGGUCGAAUCCUCGCCUUCUCUCCGUAUUGGUUUAGCUUUAGUCCAAUGAGUAUGUUUAUUUCGUUUGCAUGUCGGCUCAUUUGUUGUCAUUUUCGGACGGGACACUAGGCCUUACUAUUUCCUAGGGACUUGCUCAAUACUUAGAAGCUCCUUCUCUUUUUCUCAUAUCCCGAUUGAUACGCGAUUGAAUGUAACCUGACUUGCCUGUGAUAAUAUGAGAGAGCAGUUUCAGCCCUUUCUUCGGCUCUACCUUUUCUUUUAUCUCCCAUUGCAAAUAAUAUCUCCCAGCGUUAUAGUGGAUCGUAAUUCAUUGCAUGCGGAUUAUCAUUAUUAUAUUAUAUGGCAUGACAUACUAAAUGUAGAUUCACUACGAAUGUACAAAUGGAACCGACGUCCACUGAAAUAUUCUUACAUGAAAAAAACAGAAGCCUUUCAUAUCUGGAGAAGCGAGCUUUUGACUUUCGAUUUGUUUGGAGUUGGGAUGUUCGCUUUACCUUCGGUCCCAUCCUUCUCCCUAUAUAAUGGAAGCACAGGCACGGAAAGGCUAAUGCUAAAUCCAAAUCUAAAUAGCUUGAAUAUCUGUUAGUACGUGGAAGUCCACUCCAUUGCUCGGAAUAAUCUAGGAAGUAUGACAGAGUCAUAACUUCGAUAAAGGGCAAAUUGCCUAUUCUUCAGAUUUCUUGCUAGAGGUAUAUACCCACAAUUUGGUAGCAUGCCGGUAGAGCUAUUCAAUAAUUUAUUUACUAAUAUUCAAGCGGAUGCGACACACUAAACGCAGGCGCCGGAACGAAACGAGUAAAAACAUUCGUUUUUCCAAGGAUCACCUUUGGAAGUGAGUUAACAACGUAUUUUUAGCGAGAAUCAUUUAUCUAUGCAUUUACAGCUUCUGAUAUUUGGUUCAACUUAUCACAUCUCUCUCUUCAUUGAAUUAUUAGCAAUUAUUUACAAUACACGACGCUUAUAUGAAUUUAAUUGCUCACCAAAUAUCUCCAACGAUUAUAUGAAUUUAAUUGCUCACCAAAUAUUCAUAACAUUGCCCCUCCUUCAAUAAUUAUUGGUUCAAAAUGUUGGGAAAGUGAAGGUGAAAAUCAAAUUUCCAUUGAUCGUUUCAUUGGUUUUCAUUUUUUCUGUCGUACUGAAUUCCUGAGUGUUCUUACAAUGAAAGUUAACGUUUUUAUACCCAUUAGUAAAAGUCAUCUUAAAAUCUGCGUAUGACGAUCUGCUCGAUCUAAUUUCUACGUUGUAAAUAAAGAGAUGAGAUAUUGUUGUUAAUAAAUUAAGAUUUUCUACAUUUUACAGCAUUAAGGUCGUUAUGGUUUUAUGCGUCUAUGCAGAUACACCAAGAGUAAACUCUAAAUAAUUUGAAAGAUCAUUGCAUCGACAUAUUUUUAUAAACUUACCAACAGAACCAACAUUUUAUAUGCUAUUGUUUUCCACCUGGAAAUUUACCAGAAAAUCUUACAGUAUAGGUCACCAGGUUAGCUUUUGGUAUACAUAGUUAAUUCCAUUCCAUUACGCACAAACGUCUCAAACACUUUUAGUUCAGCGGCAUAAUUUGCAAACUUUUCAGAGUUAGAAGUUACAGUUUCAGUUUUGAUCUCAAUAAUAUUUAAUUUUUUUUCGACGACGAUAGUUUUUGUAUGCCUUUGGAUCCGACGUGGUGUCUAAUAAUCUCUCUUAGAUUUGGCCAGGAAUUUUAUGAUAUACCUGCUUUUUUAAUUAUGUUAAGUACAAGUUCGCACUGCGUUAUUGAAUAAGUAAACUCCUCGUCCUUGUAGAUGGGAUUAUUCAAGUUAUUCGGUUCGCACAAAAACUGAAACAAGGUAAAUUUAAAUGACUUUAAAAAUCUGAACUUCCAUUCGCUAUUCGUAUUGAUCACGUUUAGAACGUAGAUAUUCACUUCGCAAACGGACUAUGGUUAAGAGUAAGAAGUAAAUAUGUCGAGAGAGUCUAGAUAUCGUUUGAAUCUCCACAUGGUUGCGAUACUUGAUGUAAAUUACUGACAAUUGCUAUUGAAUAUUCUUUUUUAAAAUAAAAUUUAAUAGUGAAAUACAAUGAACCAAAUUUCAUGUUAGUACUAUUUACCGUCUGAACUUCUAAACAUGUAGGGUAUUGAUGAAAUAAACAAAAAUAAACAAUUGGAUUAAUCGUAUAAAACUGUUGUUAGUAACCGUUAUUUCGUAAUUUUAAAAUGCUAAAUAUUCAGUAAGUUAUCAAGAAGAUUAUAGUAAAUUAUUAAAAGUAAACGAAUGGGUGAAGUGAAUUAAAAUUGAGCACACAAUCCCUUGAAACAUUGUAAAGAUUCAAGUGAAUAAAGGAAGCAGUGACUAGAAUAAGAGGCCAGGCGUUUAUUGCCUAUAUUUCUGUGAAAUAUUGCCAUAAUGAAAGAUUAAUUGUAACGCCGAUAUAAAUAUGUGAAGUAUAAUAUGUAAGAUUUUUUGUAUGAUAAAUUAUUAUUAUGUAAAAACGGUGAUUAAAUUUAAGUCCAAUAACCUCAUGUAAAAUGAUUUCAAUGAAGAAACCUUCCAUUAUGUUUUUGGAAUUUUAUUUAAAAUGUGUGGGACAACAUAUUCUAAAAAUAUAGAUAAUAAAUAACGAGUACCAAAAACAAGACAAAUUAGAUUGGAAUAAUUUCCAAUAAUGAUUAUGAACAGAUAACUAUGCAUGUCAAUUUUCAAAGUAUUUCUAAUACUUGAGCUAAUAUGAAAAGAAGUUCACGAUUUUCGGCAUAAAGCAAAGCAUAGUAUAAUCGAAAGGUAAACACAGUUCAAAGUUUAUCUUGAAAGAUAUAAAGAGCAAACAAAACGGGAGACUAUGAAAAACUUUUUCACUUUUUUAGGCUCUACAUCCAACUCAUUCCUCUAGUUUCUCGUUCUGCAGAGUCAAAACUGCUUGGAUAAAUUGAAGUGAAUUCAGUUUUCUUAGAAAACCGCACUAUUUAUUUGUGUAUAUAACAAGGUUUUUUAAGGGCAUGUGUAUAAUAAUUUUCGAAUUUCAUUUUGUUUAGAUUCGCUGCGUAGUGAAAAGUAUCAUCAGGAAUUCACACCCGGUUACAGAGUUCUUCUAUGUUCGAAAGCAAGAAUAUCUGGUAUAUAAGAAAGCUGAAUAGUUUUUCAUCCAAGUGUUUUGUACUUUAUAAAAAAAGAAAAGAAUUACUUUUUACCAAUAUAUUGAAGACUGUUUACAACUUUUUUGUACUACCUCUGCGUACUUUCUUAUUACUAGGUUGUCCAACAUUUUUUUGUGCAUAAAUCAAAUUUUUUUCAAUUGGAAAUUUUAAAUGAAUGACGAAAAAUAACUAGUAUUUUCGACAAUAUUAUUUUCUCGUUCCGAAACAAUAAAUUCUUAAUAUGAUGUUUCAGUUCUUCAAAAUUAAUGAAACAGUGCUCAAUUCGGGAAUUUCCAGAUCAGUCUUAACGCAGUGACAUCUGAACUGUACAACGGAUCCCACAAACAUUCAAGAGAAUUAUUCUUUAAAUUUUGUCCAUGCCCCGGAUAAUAAAUGUACCAAAAUCUAGUAAAAAUCCCGUGAAUUUCGCCUACAUUUCAUAAACUGUAGAAUUUACAGCUGGCGUACAGGCACCCGUUUUAUUUUAGGUGUGUCUUUGUCAACAUUUUGUUUACAACUGACACAAAAUUUUUCAUUCGUCCAUCCUCUCCAGCCUGCGCGUGGCUCUCGUCGGUACCUGAGUCUUCAUCCCUAUAAUAAAAACUAUCCUUAAACUCUACUACAUGUAUCUUUCGAUUGCAAAUAUAUUUCAAUGAACCUUCUAACGAAAUUAAACUAAUAAUAUUUUUUAUAGAACCAUCAAUAAUAAGAUGAAACGAAAAUACUGAAAAUUACCUUUGGUUUCAGUAUUCAGUAUAUUUGAAAGAUUGUCAAUAAUCGAAAAUACUGUAAUUAUCUCAAUGACCGUUCAAUGCUGCUUUAAGGGAGGUUCUCCUUGGGAGCUUGGAAAAUAGAACGUUCUCCUCUCGUGGAUUCUUCUCGAGUGUAUUGAAAUAAAGUUUUUUAUAUACUGCUUUUUGAAACAAAAAAUAUGCGGCGCGAUAUUAAUAAAGUGAUCUUUUUAAUGGGGGUUUUUACUGCCAUAUUAGAAGAGGUUUGUAGCCAGGGCAAGCUUUAAUUUUACAAUUCUCUUUCCAAUUUUUCAGCAUAUUUAGCGAUUCAGAGAAUCUCGUUAGCUUCACUCUAAAAAGGACACUUCAAAUUGAAUAGUAUUGAUAAUUAUAUGUUCCGUCAAAUUGAAAAACAUGAUUCUGGCAAAAACACGUUGGAAGUUUAUCAAUAGCAAAUCUUAUGGAAAAAUUCAUAAUUCUUACAAUUUUCCUCUAAUCAACGACUUCAGGCCCAUAAAGGAUUCCCUUCUCGUUCCCGUUGUCCUGUUGUCUUGUCAUCACAAUUGGUUCUUCUUGAUUUUUGAACACACAUUGAACACAUUCUGACAUUUGCGCAUCAGCAGGUACUAUACGUUGCAUAUUAAAUUCUAUUACAUUCGCUCCAAUUUCAAUGUUUAAUUCCUCCAUGACUUUCAAACAGACAUUUUUUGUCUUCAUUGAAUACAUAUGCGACCAGAAAAGUAGUGACUUCCACUAAAAAACCCACGCUGCGUACUCCACCUCACAUUUUCGUGAAAACGAAGGUAAAAUACUUCACAUAACAGUAACUCUCGGAGACUUUGAUUCUAGCAUGUUGAUUUCCCACCUCUUUCAAGUCUCCUUUCGUAUAUUUUUAACACCUUUUUCUAGCCAAAUUAGGUAGUUUACAAAAUGUUGGAUAUCUCUAAGAAUUAAUUUUUUUCCAACAUCAUAAACAAGACAACUGCUUGAAUCAGCUGAAAACGAUCUUCGAGAAGAAAGCGUAGCGGAGGGACGUGCCUAUAUUCGAAACUGUAUAAUUCGAAGAUAAAAACAAUUUUCGGAAACACCUUUAAUAGAGGAAUUUCGACAACAAACUUUCUAUUAAUAAUAAAUGGUGUUGAUCUUGUUAGCACAGGUCAUAGUAGGCUAUAAAGCCCGUGGAACACAGUGUGCCAACGACACCAACGUGCCAUAAUUGUUGGUUCUCAGCAAUGUGUUUCAGUUACUACCAAAACAUACACUGUCAUCUUUCUCAAUGUUUGGUCCAUCCAUCGAGCAACAUCGAGUUCGGUACCAGAAAGAACGCUUCUUGGAUAUACAAAAGGCUUCCUAGAUAUGCAAACCAUUCCACCCCUUUGAUAUUUUGAACCUUGAUUUUGUUGGAUUUUGUCUUCAGUUUAAUUCUGCUUGCUUUCUUCUCCAAAUCCAUGACUCGGCGAACGAGCGAGCAAAUAUCAUUAGUACAGCCGAAGUGUCUGAGGAAAGAAGAAAGAUGUCAUGAUCCAUCGAAUCUCUCCACGUCGGCCGGAUAAGCCAACACCAAGGACAUCAUCGAUACCAAAAAGAAAAAGGGUCGGUGACAGAGUUGAAGAACAGCUGAAGCGGGGUGUUAAUGUGAUCCGUGUGACAGGCUGAGUUUGAAAUGUUCUUUGAUGCGUUCCCGUAUGGAACAUGCAAACAUUUUUUCGAAAUCUUAAGGAUAAUUCUCCUCCAUUUGAGCACAUGGAUUGCUAAGAUGAUUUCACUUCUGUUUAGAGGAGCAGUCCGUAUCUAUGGUAUAUUUAGUAAAGUUUUGUCAUAUCCGCAAGAAGUGAAACUUCCCCGGAUAUCAUAAAAUUAAAAAUUGUGAUGCAGGGCUCAUCCCGCCUCUUCGACUGCUAAUUAUGCGAAAGCUACCGUUAAAGGAGGAGCAUGCGCACAUUCUAGAAACCAAUUAAAAACCAUUUUCGAUAACCAGAACACAUUGCAGUACCAAUCAUCAUUUGACCGCUAUACAAAAAAUUCUUCAGUUUCAGUCAUCGAAUUAAUUUUCAAAAUUAAUUUAAAUAUUGAUACAUUUAUAUGUAUUCUUUGAUUAUUAAUCUUAAUAUUCAUUGUAAAAAUUAACACAAAAAAUGAUUUAUGCACAAAAGCUACUAGGACAACCCGGUACAUCUUUUCUCAAAGGCUAUGAUUCUUUGCAAAUAUAUUAAUGAACUUUUUUUAAAAAUAGAUUUUAAAAUCGUUUAGUUUUCUAAACAUUAGUUUAAAUAUGCAUACAUAUAUUCAAUGUGAUAGUUAAAUAUGUAGUUUAUAGAAACGCAUUUAUUUCUUUCUACAAAAUAUGUACGGAAAAGUCGCUCCUUUUUGUUGGAGCAUACAAGGCUGUUUUAUGCACUUCUUCCUUUCCGUUCAAAAGCUACUUUUCCUGAAAAAAUCUUACAGAUGCUUUUUAAUCUUCAACAAGGGCGUAGAUGGAUUCACCUAAAACCUAAUUCUGCUGCCCAAUCUUAACCAUGCGGAUCGUAGUUGUAUUUCAUAAUGUCUCGGGUAGGUAUCGAUACAGGAAAAAUUUAUUGGCUCCAUAAAAGACAUGACCCCGGUUCUGAAUUUAACUAAAACCAAUUACCAUGUCUCGCGGUCAUCCGAUACAUAAGCACACACCCCAAAGUAAGAACAAUUAAUUUCGCUUCCAAAUCGCACUAAUCGACAUUUAGGAUAUUGAGCGCACAUAAAAUGUUGCUGAUGUAUCGGAUCUUGUGAAAAGAUUAGACGUAAGCAUCACAAAAACUCAUCACUAACAGGAAAGUGCUUCGAAUUUUACAACUUUUUUUGCGUAUGCAUAUUUUAUACAAGUGGCAUUUAAGUUUACAGAUUUUCAUGUAUUCAAAACUACAGAAUAAAACGAUAAAAAUGCACAUAUUCGAUAAUAAUUCUUUAAUGAAAAUUCAACUAGCUCAAAUUUCGACGAUUUGAACCGAUAACGAAAUUUUAAUGUAAUCAAUUUUAUAAAUACAUACACAAUUCAAACCAAAAAAAAAAAGAAAUCGAUUUAAGACUUAAAAUAAAAUGAAUGAAAAUCGAAUUGUUAAUAAUUUUAAUAUAUUAGAGUUAAGUAAAUGAAAUAGUAGGUAAAAAUAAAAUCAAUUAAAUACAAAAAAUAAAUAGAAACGAUAAGGAAACAUUUGUUGUUUAGUUAAUAAGUAGUUUUUAAUGGAUGCGAGGAAAAAUAUGAGAGGAUUAACAAAAUUUCAAACAUAAUAUGAUUAUUAUAAACAAUUAAAUUAUUUAAAUACGAAUGUAGUUGGAAUAAUAAAAACUUAUUCGUUUUAACAUAAA